AUGGGAAACACAAGUUCAAAAGUGUCAUCUAAAAAAAACAAAGUUAGUCGUGAUAGCGCACCGCCCUUCGCGCGCACCGACACGUCACAAUCCGUAAGGUCUGGCAAGUCCACGCGCUCCGUGAAAUCUUCUAAAUCAAGGCGAUCGCAGUCUUCGCAGAAUGCCGGUGCAUCCGGAUCUCUGGAUGCCGCAGGUCCUGCGGAUCCCAGCCGAGCCACGGCCGCAGCAGAUGGAAGCGGCUCGGAUGCUGCAAUUGAGCAGGAGCCACUGCGGGCUACGGGCUCUUUUUCCAGAAGAAACAGUGUGGUCUCCGGGUUACAGCCGCCUCUGUCGAAGCGAGGAAGCAGCAGCAGCGUGUUUCGUGAGUCCGCGAAUGGGGCCUCGACAUUACAGAAUAAGGUACACACGGCCACGUACGCGAGCAGCACCAAUGGCGAUUUGCCGCCUUCUAUGAUCCAGAUGGCACCAAAAUCACCCAUCCUGAAAAAUUCUACGUCUAUUGGAAAUCUUGGACCCAACACUACCUAUCAUGAGAACGCGGUGACAGACGACGAAAAUGACGAAAACGAGUCGCAUCACCAUCGCCGUAGGUCCAAUGACUCCAGGCGCUACUCGCAAAAAUCGCCGGUUGCUGGCAGCAGAAGCAAUAGCUCUUCAAGUAAUCGCCGAAAGAGCGGGUCCCACCUCGAGCUACCAGAUAGCAGUAUGACGUCCGUGCAGCCCAGCAGGACGUCUUCGCAUUCUUCUGCUGGAAAUCAUAGUAGAAAGUCGUCGUUCAACAGCUCUUCCGGCAACACCGCAUAUAGCACUCCUAUGAACUCGCCAGGAGUCACGAAAAAUUCGCAAGACGAAUAUUUUGAGGACAGCUCUGAAGCACAGAAUGACCAAAGCCUACAGGCUAGCCGCCCUAGGUCGAGAAGGAACUCCAUAGACGAGUACCCUCACGAAGUUUCGCAUAGCGUUGAUGUUGAUGAAGACACCAACGCGUCAAUCACCACGAAAACCAUCAAGCGAAAGAAGUCUUUGAGACCGCUUGACAUAGAUGAGACUAUUCAAAAACUACUGGAUGCUGGCUAUUCCGGUAAACGUACAAAGAACGUUUGCUUGAAAAACUCAGAAAUAGCUCAGAUCUGUAACCAAGUGCGUGAGAUUUUUCUGUCACAGCCGUCGCUGCUAGAGUUGUCGCCUCCGGUGAAAAUCGUCGGAGACGUUCACGGUCAGUAUGCAGAUUUGCUAAGGCUCUUCACUAAAUGCGGGUUCCCACCGUCUGCCAAUUACCUCUUCCUGGGCGACUACGUCGAUAGGGGUAAGCAGUCUCUAGAAACCAUUCUCUUGCUUCUAUGCUACAAGAUUAAAUACCCCGAGAACUUUUUCCUUCUACGAGGCAACCAUGAAUGCGCAAACGUCACGAGAGUCUAUGGCUUCUACGACGAAUGCAAACGUCGUUGUAACAUCAAGACCUGGAAGAUCUUCAUUGACACAUUCAACACUUUACCUCUGGCCGCAAUUGUCGCCGGAAAGAUCUUUUGUGUUCACGGCGGGCUGUCUCCGGUUUUGAACUCUAUGGAUGAGAUCAGACACGUCAGCAGGCCAACUGACGUGCCCGACUUUGGUCUUAUCAACGACUUACUAUGGUCAGACCCGACCGACUCGCCCCAUGAGUGGGAGGAUAACGAGAGAGGUGUUAGUUAUUGUUACAACAAAGUUGCCAUCAACAAGUUUCUCAAUAAAUUUGGGUUCGAUCUGGUGUGCCGGGCGCACAUGGUGGUCGAGGAUGGAUACGAAUUUUUCAACGAUAGGAGUUUAGUAACCGUUUUUUCAGCCCCUAACUACUGCGGUGAAUUUGAUAACUGGGGCGCAGUUAUGAGUGUGAGUGAAGGUCUAUUGUGUAGCUUUGAGCUCUUGGACCCCUUGGAUAGCGCAGCUCUCAAACAAGUCAUGAAAAAGGGAAGGCAGGAAAGGAAGCUGGCUAACCAGCAGCAACAGUCUUAG